CACAAGGUCCUUUGCUGUUGUUCUGGGAUUGAUUUACACUUUUCGCACCAAAGAAUGUUAAUCUCUAGGAGACAGAACGCGUCUCCUUCCUGAGCGGUAUGACGGCUGCGUGGUCCCAUGGUGUUUAUACUUGCGUACUAUUGUUUGUACAGAUGAACAUGGUACCUUCAGGCGUUUGGAAAUUGCUCCCAAGGAUGAAUCAGACUUGUGGAGGUCUACAACGUUUUUUUCUGAGGCGUUGGCUGAUUUCUUGAUUAUCCCAUGAUGUCAAGCAAAGAGGCACUGAGUUCGAAGGUAGGCCUUGAAAUACAUCCACAGGUACACCUCCAAUUGAUUCAAAUUAUGUAAAUUAGCCUAUCAGAAGCUUCGAAAGCCAUGACAUCGUUUUCUGGAACUUUCCAAGCCGUUUAAAGGCACAGUCAACUUAGUGUAUGUAAACUUCUGACCCACUGGAAUUGUGAUAUAGUGAAAUAAUCAGUCAGUAAAACAAUUGUUGGAACAAUUACUUGUGUAAUGCACACAGUAGAUGUCCUAACCGAUUUGCUUAACAAGAAAUUUGUGGAGUGGUUGAAAAACGAGUUUUAAUGACUAGCAUUGUUUUGAGGCGUGCCUUUUAGGAGAAGUCUUCAAUGAUGAAGAUUUUGGUUCCCUUCAGACACUAUCCUGAAAUCUCCUUGUCUUUGAACCUGAGAUGUUUCACCACUAUAGAUCUGGACUGUCCAUCUGGAAAGAAAGUGCCAUUCCUAUGCGCCCUCUCCAUCUCGAUGAGUUUAGGGUCCAGUUUGAGUUGAUCUGCCAGUUGUUUCUUGGCCUUGACUUCGGUGUCAUGCCAAGUUUCAGUCUUUACGUCCUCAAUUUCAUCGAUUUUAAAAUGUUAUUGCGCCUUGAUUGGUUCUUCGUGGUAGUCAAACCAACAACCCUCUGAUUACUGGUUCUUUCUCAUUCACCUCAAGGCUGCUGCUAGCAUGGAGUCAGAUAUCUUUAGUUUGAAGGAAUGUAAGGUUAAUAAAAAUGUUCAGGUGUAAGAGAUGGAUUGCAAACUUAAAACUAACAUUGACAGCAUAAGAAUUGGAUAAAAAUUGUAUACACAUUCUGCAAAUACUCUGAUCAACUUUUCACAUUCAAAUUUAGAUAAAAAUCUUGUUAUGCAAUUCUUAUGUACAAUGUUACAGUUAUGGUGUUUUGGCAGUCUCAUCUCAGGUGUUGUAAAAUAAAUCUGAAUGUAAUGACUAGAACUUGCUUGCCUGGCUAACGCUUUGAUGCCUGGAACUCGCUUUGAUGUUGUGGGCGUGAUGCAUCGAUAAUGAAGGGGGGCUUUUACUGUUUGGUUCUCCUCUGUCUCUCCCUCACUCAAACACACAGCCACAUACAACCCCUGAAUAAUAACAAAUCCAAACAGCGAGGGGUCUCAACGUUUAAGAGGAAAAUAAUGUAUACAGGGUUUCCCAAACUCGGUCUUGUGGCACCCCCUAGGUGCACGUUUUGGUUUUUGCUUUAGCACUAUACAGCUGAUUCAAAUAACCAACUCGUCAUCAAGCUUUGAUUAUUUGAAUCAUCUGUGUAUUGCUAGGGCAAAUAACAAAACAUGCUCUAUGAGAUGGCUUGAAUAUAGAAUUACAUCUAGCUGUUUCCCGGACCAGUGGGGCACAGCUCCUCUCUCUGUGCAUGUGGUCUGCGUAUCAGCCAGGGAAGGAACUUGCAUCAAGCCAACAAAAAAAUUGGCGAGCACUAACAAUAAUGUGGAUCGCAAUUUUCGAUUUCAAAAUAAAUCUCUUGAUUUGUCAUAUCAAAAUAAAAGUCCUCAGAUGUGUAAUGCCAAAAUAAUAGUCCCUCAACUUGUCAGGUCAAAAUGUAAGUUGCACAAAAAUAUUGUUAAAAGGUCCAUGUGAAGGCCCACGUCCCCAGUACAGUCUGGAGUGCCAGAGUGUGAGUGACUGAGUCAGUGGCACUGUCCUUCAGAGGGGCAGAGUGUCAGCCUCUGUGGAUGUUGCUGCUCUGUCUAUUCCCUUUUUCGGGGUCUAACUGGCUCUCUCUGAUGCAGGGCUGACUGAGGGCCUUGGGGCCUAGAGCUGGUGCAUGGGUCACUGUCCUUCAAGGGAAAUUCCACCCUAUUUCAAAAACAAAAUCUCCAGCACUGCACCCCAACAUCUGUGAAAAUAGCAGGUUUCUAUGUUUAGUAGUCAAAAGGACACCGAUGAAUCAUCUGGUGUGCGUAAUGUGAUUUUAACCAACUAUGAGCAUGCAAAGGUUAGUAAAUGUAAAAGUAUCCUAGUGUUUUAGUUGGUAAAUAGUAAACUGUGUUUGAAUAACCUUUGCCUGCUGAUUGUUGGUUAAAAUGUGGCGGUUGCCAAUCUCUUCCCCCCCAGUGUAUGGAGGUGGGGCCCUCCAUUUCAGAUUACACUCUUGGGGGCGCCAAAGAAUGUGCUUUAUGUGCUCAGUCACGUUCUAUCUGGACCCCACAUCUGGAUAAUUAUUGCAGGACUGGGAGAUCAGGCUAUUUUCAAUCUAUAAACAAUUUCAGAGGUAUUAAUAUUGAGCAUGCAUUUGUGGCCAAAACCAAAAGCAAUGGUGAAAACUUGAUGUGUCUGAUCUGCUCUAACCUGAGUCAGUCUUCACUGAUCUUUCAGACUACAUUUACAUUUUACAUUUACGUCAUUUAGCAGACGCUCUUAUCCAGAGCGACUUACAAAUCAGUGCAUUCACCUUAUGAUAUCCAGUAGAACAACCACUUUACAAUAGUACAUCUAUAUCUUUUUUUGGGGGGGUUAGAAGGAUUACCUAAUCCUAUCCCAGGUAUUCCUUAAAGAGGUGGGGUUUCAGGUGUCUCCGGAAGGUGGUGAUUGACUCCGCUGUCCUGGCGUCGUGAGGGAGCUUGUUCCACCAUUGGGGUGCCAGAGCAGCGAACAGUUUUGACUGGGCUGAGCGGGCUGGACUACCUGGAUGCUUUCCAUGAAGCUCAACAAAGAAGUGUUACAUGUAUUUAUUGUUAUUUAACCUUUAUUUAAAUAAAUUCUUAAUGGACAUAAAACUAUACCUGGGACAUUUUGUCAGUCUUCAGAUACAAAGUAUACUAUUUAAAUUAGGCUACAAUUGUAUUCAUCCAUAUUCGAAUAGUUAUAUGAUUAUUGAAUGCUGAUAAGUGACCAGCCAGCCAGCAGUGGCUUUUGCUCUAAAACUUGGUGAAGAUGAGAAAGGAGAUCAUACUAAUGGAGUGAGGGCUUCACAGCUCCACCAGCGAGAAAAAGGCUCUCAUGUCUCUCGGAGCCCAUGGGAAAUUUUGUUGGAGACCCUGGAAAAUUCUCAGCGCAGAGGAUUGAUGUGCGGAAUACGCCGACCAAAGGCAAGUUUGAGAUCAAGUGUAUAUUCAGUCCACAUCAUCACAACGUUGAUACGAACACUCCCACAGAGAUUUCCUAUUUGAAAGACAGAGAUGAUGAGCAUGUAUUCGGAAGUUUCUCUGUAUUCAGACAGUGAUGUAGAGGUUGGAUGUCCACUGCUUCACUCGCCUGACAGUCUUAGUGAUACCCAACAAAAAGAAAAUAGCAUGAAAGUUAACUUUAUGCAAUUUAUUCUAAUAUCAAAAUCUGCUUGACAACUGUGAAUGACCAGUCACUGCACAAUUUGUCAAGCCUACAGUAGUCCAUGAAAUGUCAGUCAAAUAAUUAAAUAGUUGUAAGAUAAUACAACAUAUAUUGAAAAGUACUGAGAAGUCAAGAUGACAUUUUAAUGUAAAAUGUAUUACUUCUGAUAAGCCUAUGACAAUUGAUAAUUUACCUACUCUGAAUUAGCUAAUGAUUAUUAAAACAAAUUUCCAGCAUAUCCACAAGCUGAUAAUCAAGCACUUCUAUAAUUUUGCUUUAAGGGUUUUCAGACCACAACUCUCCAAACACUAGCUAAUCUUCCCUGUCGAGUUUGAGCAUGAACGGUCAUUCAAUUGGAAGCUGCUCGAGCGCAGAUCAAGUGAGAAGAUGUCGGACUGCUUUCACAAGGGAACAGAUAGGAAUACUGGAAAAAGAGUUCUACACGGAAAAGUAUGUCUCAAGACCAAGGAGGUGUGAACUGGCCGCAUCUCUGAAUCUACCUGAAACAACAAUUAAGGUUUGGUUCCAGAACAGAUGGAUGAAAGAUAAACGACAGCGUCUAGCGAUGUCUUGGCCUCACGUGGCGGAUCCUAGCUUUUACACCUACGUGACGCACGCAGCAACCACCGGUGACCUAUCUUACCCCUUCCACUCUCACCUGCCCCUGCCAUAUUACCCACACAUAUGCAUCACAGUGGCUGCUACAGGUGCCUCAUCGUCACCUUUCCCAACAUCAAUACGUCCUCUUAACACUUUCCGUGCGCUCUCGCGCCCGUACUCACGACAGGAGCUGCUCUGUAACUUUCGGCACCCAGGUCUCUACCAGUCUCCAACCGGCCUCGCCAGUUCCGCGGCAGCAGCAACAUCAGCAUCAGUGGUCGCAGUAGUUAGUGCGCCAUCGAGCCAUGGACUGUGCUCGUGCCUCAGCUGCCACAAUAAUAGCCAGGCUUCUGUUACUGGCACCCUGGGAUCGAGGUGCAAGAGCUCAGAGUUGACAUGCUCACCAACAGGUCAAAGGUCAGAGAGUGUAUUUUUGCCAUACUCUGCCGCUGUGCUCAGUAAAAUGGCGGGGGUGUCGCCGGAUUAGCCGAUCUGGUUUAUUUGUCUCCAUUGUUUAUGUUUCUUCUACUCGAAAUAUUCAAAUGUGUGUAAUAAUCUAAUACCAUUAAAUUCAUAUAUCAUCAAUUUAGACAGGUCAAUGUCGCAAUGCUCCAAAAGUAUUGGGACAGUGACAAAUGUUUUGUUUGGUCCUAAAUGAAAAGUGAAUGAUGAGUGAGAAAGCUACAGAUGCACAAAUAUCAUACCCCUAAGAUAUGCUAACCUCUCAACAUUACAAUAACAGGGGAGGUUAUCAUUUAUUAUAUUUUUGCGUCUCUAACUUUCUCACUCAUCAUUAUUCAAUAUUCAUUCAAGAUUAUCUGUAAUCCUUAUUUACAAUAAAUGUGACUCCAAAAUGACACAAUACAUUAUUUAUCAUUAAUUUCCAUUUGCACAAAAUAAUCUGAAACCCAACCAAAACAAACAGUAAAUGCAUCCAACAAAUUUGUAGAGUCCCAAGCUAGAUGUAGUCAUUGCAUGCUAUGAAUAUGGGACCAAAUGCUUACAUUUUUACUACUUUAAUACAUAUAAGUCAAUUUGUCCCAAUACGUUUGGUCCCCAAAAACGGUGGGACUAUGUACAAAAAGUGCUGUAAAUUCAAAACGGUUCACCCAAUAUGGUUAAACAUACUCUCAAAUGAAAGCUGACAGUCUGUACUGUAACCUCAUUGUAUCAUUAUCAUGCUGGACUAUAGAUCCCAAACAACAAAACAUGUGUCACUGCCCUAAUACUUUUGGAGCUCACAGUAUUAACUUAGGGUUUUUUCUUGGUAUUCAUUUGGUAUACCAAAUAGGCUAGCUAUCCGGUGCAUUAGGCUAUAGACAUUCAGAUACCAGGUAUUAUAACACUAAACUUGUGGCUAAUUUAUUUAUACAGGCUAUAUAUUUUUUACAUAUAUUUAUUUAUUUUGUAGCCAAUUAUUUUGUUUAUUUGGCCAGAGCCAUAUUUGUGUUGUAGGCUAAUAACCAUCGGCUAUAUAUAUAUUUUUUUAAACAGUUAAAUUGACGAAUGUUGUAAUUUGACAUUUAUAUUCUAUAAUGACUUGUGGCAAACCAUUUAUUACAGUGGCCUACAGUGCCCAGCAUUUAUGUGAAAUUUGGAGCAGACAUCUGAUGGCCUGAGUUCAGACAACUGAGCCAAAAAAACAAUAUCUCCUGUAGGCCCACUUGUUCAGACUAGGACUACAUGCUUAGCCUAAUUCGAAUUUUUGCGCAAACCAACUAGCCUACAUGAUUUACGCUCAGCUUGGAGUUACGCACGUCCUAUGAAGUUAUGAUUCAACCUAAUUGAAGUAUUUUAAAAAAGUAACCACCAAAUGUGCCACCCUUUCCGACAUAAAAACGAUAAAGGGCCCAACAGAAAACAAAAUAAAUAUUCCGAUUUAAAAAUAACAUGUGGUUUGGUAACAUAUUGACUUGAAUAUGAACCAUGGGAUCAAGCCAACCUAAUGCAUUUGUAAAUCCGUUAAACUAAGCAAGAACGGUAGGCCUAUAUAAGUAUGAUGAUAGUACCUACAUUAAUGUUUAGCAGACUAUUCUGUUGCUAUGGCCUAUAUAUGAUAAUAGGUCAUAACCUCCAUGAUAUUUCACUUCACCUGGUAUCUUGAUUUUAAUUCACAAAUGCAACCCCUAUAAUAUUUUAUAUUCCAUUCACCCCGAUCCCACUCGUAAUCAACCAAGUGAAUAAAAAAGGCUAAUAUGUUAUUAUCAUAAAUAUUGUACAAUAGCACAAUUAAGAUUCCAAACAAACUGGCAAGCAAGAAACACCAAAUGCCAAAGGAACCACAAACUUUUAAAAAGGAAAUAAUAAACUAACAUAUUCAUCAAUUGAACUGUUCAGUUUGACAUGUAUGUAUUGCAAAAUAUGUAUGUGCAAUAUUUUCUGUGUAUAAUGUGAAAUAUCAAUGUAGGCCAAUAUUACACUUAACUUUGUUCAUGUUUUAAUAAAUUGUUGCAUAAUGA